AUGUGCGUGGAUUAUCAUGAUCUGAAUCAAGCAAGCCCUAAGGAUAACUUUCCUUUACCACACAUCGACACUUUGGUGGAUAAUACGGCAAAGCAUUCUCAGUUUUCUUUCAUGGAUGGCUUCUCAGGUUAUAAUCAGAUAAAGAUGGUUCCCGAGGACACGGAGACAACUACAUUCAUAACAAUGUGGGGAAGCUUUUGCUAUAAGACGGUUCGAAGGCUCAGACAAUACAUGUUGUAUCAUACGACAUGGUUAAUUUUGAAACUGGACCCAAUAAAGUACAUGAUGGAGUCACCUGCACUCUCAGGGAGAAUGACACGAUGGCAGAUCCUAUUGACUGAGUAUGACAUUAUAUAUGUGAGCCAAAAGUCGAUAAAGGGAAGUGUAAUAUCUGACUUCUUGGCAAUUCGAACAACAGAGGAAUACGAGCCUUUGAGAUUUGAUUUCCCAGAUGAAUGUUUGAUGUGCAUUUCAGAAAAAGAGGGCGAGUCAUCAAAAGAGAAGUCAUGGAAGAUGAGCUUUGAUGGUGCAUCAAAUGCAUUGGGGCGUGGGAUCGGAGCAGUCUUAGUGUCACCUAAAGGGGACCAUUACCCGCUUACUGCCAGAUUGAAUUUCUUCUGUACCAAUAAUAUAGUAGAGUAUGAGGCUUGCAUCUUGGGACUCCGUGCAGCUAUCAGGAGGAAAAUUGAAAUUUUAGAGGUACACGAGGACUCAGCAUUAGUCAUUUAUCAAAUUCGUGGAGAUUGGGAAGUGAGAGAUCCAAAAUUAGUCAGGUUUCACGAUCUCAUUGCGAAAUUGGUCAAAGAAUUCAAAGAAGUGACUUUUAACUACUUUCCACGAGAGGAGAACCAAUUGGCUGACACGCUGGCCACCUUGGCUUCAAUGUUCAAAGCAAACAAAUAA